UUAGACAGUACAGCCAAUUCUGUGCAGCCCAGCAUGAGCUCGAGUACAUUCUCAUUAAUGUUACUAAUCGUCAGGAAAUGGAAGAGUUUCUUGAGGUCAGGAACCCGAAACAAAGCCCAUCGCUUACACUCACAGCAUUAUUGAUCAAACCAGUAUUGCGUCUUCUUCGGUAUCCUUUGUUCCUACAAGCACUUAAAGACAUGUCUGAUAAAGACUCGGAAGAGCACCAAAUAUUAAAAGAUACACUAACAUCUGUUUCAAUGGUUACUGAGUACAUUAAUGAAGUGAAAAGAGUUACAGAGUCGUACGCUAAUGUAUUUGAUACAAUACUAGAAGUAUCAGGCCUAGUGGAGUUUGGUAUCAGUGUCCGUGUCAGUGAGUUAUUGAGUCACAUGACAGUCAUGUGGUUGAAUGCACCUGGUACAAUGGGACGUGGUUGGAGGAAGGGACAAGGACCAGAGAUGCAAUGUUUCGGUAAUAAUCUAAGUGAAUCAAAGUCCUUGCAUUAA